AUGGUUAGUGAAAUGCAGCGACUAUUGUCUAAUCCACAGACCGUAUAUGAUAUUGAGACUGCCCCUGAUGUUGGGCUUGGCCCAAUUGAAAACGACGAGUCAUGGACAUGGUUUUUCCAUCGAUUGCGUGUUUGUUUUGACCAGCCUGAUGAUUUGUUGAUUGUGUCUGAUCAACAUAAACGCAUUAAAAAUGCUGUGGAGUUAAUGUAUCCGAAUGCGGCCCAUGGAUUUUGUUAUUACCAUAUACAGAAAAAUCUUGCACGCUACGGGCAACAUGUUGCAGCACUUUUCAAAGCAACAGCAUAUACUUAUCGAUCUGAGGAGUUCGAGAGAAAUUUUGCUGCAUUGCACAUUAUGAAAUCGGCAGCACACAAACAAUUACUUACUGUUGGGGAGCAUAGGUGGGCUAGAUUGAAGUGUUGUGUACCACGUACCAGUUUCAUGACGUCAAAUGCAGCCGAGAGUUUGAAUAGUCGAUUAUUGUGGGCUCGACGUCUACCAGUUUGCUCGUUGCUUGAGUCCUUUCGAACUAUCGUAGAAAAAUGGUUUGACAAAAGACGAUCCACUGCUGCUGCACGGUCGCAUGAAUUGACUGAGGUGGUGUCGUCUAAGGUACAUGUGGCUGUGGAACAAGGGCACCGCUUAGUUGUUCGUGGAACUACCACGCAUAUGUUUAUAGUUGAGGAAGAGAACACAUUCUUUGUGGUCGACCUUGAGAACCGGACAUGUGAGUGUCGUGAGUUUGAGUUGGACCAGAUCCCUUGUCGUCACGCUUGCGCUGCUAUAAGGCGUUCUGGUUUAAACGUCACCGACUUUGUGGGCCGAUAUUUCAAACAAUAUGCCUUGUUGGAGACUUAUGCAGCUCGCAUCGCGCCCGUACCACAUCCAACAUCGUGGAAUGUGCCAGAAGGAGUAUCGUCGUAUAUUGUCAAGCCCCCAAUUAUCAAACGUCAGUCAGGUCAUCCUAAGAUGACACGGGCACAAUCCACUGUUGAAACCGCUGUGGAGAGUUCGUCGAGAGCAAAGAGUAAAAUAUGCUCGCGUUGCAAGGUUGUGGGGCACAAUAGACGUAAAUGCACAGCAUCACUCGUGUUGGGAGACGUAGAUUUGAAUGAACCAGCUGGAGAUGGAGAACAAGAAGAGCAAGAACAAACAGUUGAGACAAGAAGGCGGCGCAAGAAGAAGUGUAGUGUUUGCAAGAGCGAAAAGCAUACAAGAAAUUUAUGUCCUAUGCAGGUUGGUGAAUCUUAA